CUUAACGAGUAGGAGAAAAAGAAAUGACGGUCGGCUUAAACUUGUCCAAACAAGCACCGGCUCGCUUAACCUCACUGACUGUCGAUAAAUUCCUGAAAUCCAAGAAAAACCUCUCUAAACCCUCACCAAAGCUAUGGCCUAACGAUCCACAACUUCGAUUUCCACUUCCAGUGAACAACCAACAACAGCCACCAUCCAUUUUACAAACCUUAGAAUCGUGCACCAAUUUCAACCAUUUCAAUCAAAUACACGCUCAACUCCACGUCUCUGGGCUCCUUGAACAACCUCGCGUGGCGAGCCGGGCGAUAAGGAAGCUAUGCGACCAUUUGAAUUCUCAUUCUCAUGCUAUUUUGGUAUUUGAUUGUGUCAAAGAACCUGAUACGUUUCUUUGUAAUAUUAUAUUGAACGGUCUUUUGAAUUCUGAUGACCCAGUUAGUGCUUUGAGUUUUUACUAUGAAAAAAUGGUGGGUAAAUUUGUUGAGGAGAAUCAGUUUACUUUUCCAUUGUUAGGGAAAAUCUGUGCUGAGAUUAAGUCUUUGAAAGAAGGGCAAAAGGUUCAUGCCCGGGUUUUGAAACUUGGGUUCGAAUCUGACGUCUUUGUUAAGAAUUCUUUGAUUCGUUUGUAUUCGGUUUGUGGGCAGACUGAGAGUGCACAUGAGGUGUUCGAUGAUGGGUUUGUGUUGGAUUUAGUAAGUUGGAAUUUGUUGAUAGAUGGCCAUGUGAAGAAUGGGCAGGUUGGUAUUGCGCGUGAGAUAUUCAAUGAGAUGCCUGAGAGAGAUACUUUUAGUUGGAAUAUAAUCAUUGCAGGGUACGUGGGUGUUGGAAACAUGGAGGUGGCCAGAGAUUUGUUUGAAAAGAUGCCGUUUAGAGAUGUUGUUUCUUGGAAUUGUAUGAUCGAUGGGUAUGCAAAGAUUGAAAAUGUUUCAGAGGCUCGUCAGCUUUUUGAUCAGAUGCCUUUAAGGAACGUUGUUUCUUGGAACACUAUGUUGGCUUUAUAUGUUCGGUGUAAGAAGUAUGUCAACCAGGCUUUAACAUUGUUUGAUAGGAUGAUGGAAAGAGGGGAGGCUAGGCCCAACAGUGCUUCUCUUGUUAGUGUCUUGACAGCGUGUGCAAAUCUGGGAUGGCUUGAUAAGGGCUUGUGGGUUCAUUCUUAUAUUGAAAAUAACAACAUCAAAUGUGAUGUAUUGCUUUCGACUGCUCUCUUGACAAUGUAUGCAAAAUGUGGGGCUAUGGAUUUGGCUAGAGAUGUUUUCAAUAACAUGCCAGUAAAAAAUGUGGUUUCAUGGAAUUCCAUGAUGAUGGGAUAUGGUACACACGGCCAUGUUGAGAAAGCCUUAGAUAUGUUUAUUGAUAUGGAAAAGAGAGGUCAAAUACCAAAUGCUACUACUUUUAUCAGUUGUUUAUCUGCAUGUAAGAAUGCGGGAAAGGUUUUAGAGGGUUGGUGGUGUUUUGAUAUAAUGUGCAGAGUUUACGAGAUUGAACCCAAAGUGGAGCACUUUGGUUGCAUGUUUGAUCUACUUAGCCGAGUUGGUUUGAUGGAACGGUUAAACGAGCUUAUGAGUAAGAUGCCUGUGGAAUCAGGACCUGCCCUGUGGAGUGCUCUGCUUUCUACAUGUAGAGCCUCCUCUAAUUUUGAGCUUGGAAAGAUUGUAGCCAAGAGACUAAUUGACUUGGAACAAAUGGAUAUUGGGCCCUAUCUUUUAUUAUCUUACAUAUAUUCAGUGGAAGGGAAGUGGGGCGAAGUAGAAAACGUCAGAAAGUUUAUCAAGGACAGGGAUUUGUCUGAAAGAAGUGCUUCACCACAUCGGAGAACCAUCAUAUAUUCUAUGUUGAUGGAGUUGGGUGUUCAGCUGAAAUUGUCUUAUAGAGAUUCUAUUGGAUUUUGAGAUUUUAGGACAAUGAACUGAAGGAAAAAUAGCAAAUGGAAGUCGAAGAACAAAACCUCCGGAGAAAGCAUCUCUGGAAAAUGGCACAGUUAGGGCAGUGACUGAACAUCACAACUUAAUGGGCUUAGAAUAUUCAACUAUGUUUAGUAGGAUUAGGCCAUGAGAAACAUAAGCUGAAGAGGUGUGUUGAACCCCUUCAUGUUUCAAUAUUCAUUUUAUAUUUUGCUCGUAACUGAGAUAUAGAAUUCUAUGAAGUUGGUUCAGCUACGCUAUGUAUUUUAAAAUCUAGUUGGAGAACUUCCCUUCUUUCUCCACUUGCUUCAAGUGAAGAUAUUCACCAAAUCAUGUCAUCUUACUUUGAUAUUAUUUGCAACCAUAAAAGAAUUCAUUUUCAUUUAACUUUAUUAAA